CAUUUUUUAACAGCCAUGGUGGUACCAACGGCGGCAGCCAUGGCGUCCGGUUUCCCAACCAAACCAAUGCUCGACCUUUCCUGUUGUUUAACGGUGGCCUUUUGCGCAUUCUUUGUCCCAACCUUCGCCAAGCUUACAACCAUUGAACACUCCGUCAAAACGGAUGGGUCGCUUAGCUUCCUGGUUAUCGGAGAUUGGGGAAGAAGAGGACUUUACAAUCAAUCUGAAGUCGCUUUUCAGAUGGGAAGGAUUGGAGAGAAACUAGAUAUAGAUUUCGUUAUCUCAACGGGUGAUAAUUUCUACGACAAUGGCUUAACAAGCGUGUAUGAUCCAGCAUUUAGAGAAUCUUUCACCAAUAUUUACACCGCCAAGAGCUUGCAUAAGCAGUGGUAUAACGUUUUAGGAAAUCAUGAUUAUAGAGGCAAUGUUGAGGCACAACUCGGCCCGAUUCUACCCAGUGUCGACAAACGAUGGAUUUGCAUGAGAUCGUUUGCUGUAAAAACAGAAAUUGUUGAUAUCUUCUUCCUGGACACGACUCCGUUCGUGGACAAGUACUUCAUCGAGCCAGAAGAACAUACGUAUGACUGGGAAGGCGUACAGCCUCGCAAAACUUACCUGGCUACUCUCCUGAAGGAUUUGAAAGCGGAAAUGAGAGACUCAACUGCAAAAUGGAAGUUUGUUGUUGGUCACCAUGCGAUUAAAAGUCUUGGCCACCAUGGCGACACUACCGAGCUUGUCAAGUUCUUACUUCCACUACUUAAGGAAAACAAUGUUGACGUUUACAUGAAUGGGCACGACCACUGUUUGGGGCACAUCACUAGCAUUGAUGGUCCUAUCCAAUACUUAACGAGCGGAGGAGGGUCGAAAGCAUGGAGGGGUGUCCUUAAAACCGAAGACGAUAUUGAUGACACCGUCAAGUUCCUUUACGACGGACAAGGUUUCAUGUCAGUGGAGAUGAAUGAGAGAGACGUCAUGAUUUUGUUCUAUGAUGUUGAUGGCAAUGUUUUGCACGAUUGGAAGAUCUCUAAAUUGCUCUAUUCUGCAGUUUAGAAAAAGCUUGCAUUAAUCAGG